AAAAAAGCCACCUCCUCCAGAGACCAGCCAGCCCCUCACAGCCCCGCCCGAACAUGAAACAACAAGCUCGCUCACGUUUAUUUUUUCUCUCUGAAACCAAAACCAAAACUAAAUCUCUCUCCUUCCAAAAAUGCAAAGCAUCAAAAAAGGGAAACUCCAAACCCUAAUUUAAUUAUUCUUUUCUUUUCUAUUACUUGCUGUCCAAAUUUCGAAUAUCUCGAUUUUGAAUCUGUGAAAUGUGCUUUCUGGAGAACGAUUGAAGAGAGAAACAAAGAAGAAGAAGAAGUUGCAUAAGAUUUAAGGAUUUAGUUUUCAUUAUUUUUUGGCGGAGCAGAAAAUGAGAUUGUUAUUGAUGAAUCAAGUUCGGCGAUGGCAGAGGAUCAUGAUCCUCUCGUUGCUCUCUGUUUCGGUGGUCGCUCCGAUUGUGUUCGUCUCUAGCAGGAUCAAAACAUUCAGUCCCGUCGGAAAGAAAGAGUUCAUGGAUGACUUGUCUACUCCCAAACUUUUGACAGAGAAUGUAAGACUUAAUGCAAUUGAGCAGGAAGCUGGAGAAGGAGUGAAAGAGCCGAAACUGGUUGUAUACAAAGACAAGGAUUUUGGUUCUGCAGUUAGUUUGGGCAGUUCUGAUGAGAAUAACAAGUCCAACCGGUAUGAAAGUGUUGGCGAUACUUUCAAUAUUUUGGAAAACAAUGAAAUGAAUGGUGAAAGAAAAGAAGAAAAACAGCAAUUAGAACAGAAGGCAGUUUCCCAUGAAAAGGAGCAAACCAAUCUAAAAGCAGCUCGACAUGAUGAAAAGGUACAUCCUCCAGUGUUGAGAGUGACAGAUGUGAAGGUGAGGCAGAUCAAAGAUCAAGUGAUUAGAGCUAAAGCAUACUUGAAUUUUGCUCCAUCAGGCAGUAAUUCUCACUUAGUGAAAGAGUUGAGAGUUCGAAUUAAAGAGUUGGAGCGAGCAGUGAGUGACGCCACUAAGGAUUCUGAUUUGUCAAAAAGUGCUUUGCGGAAAAUGAAAGGAAUGGAGGCUACCUUGUACAAAGCCAGUCGUGUUUUCCCCGACUGCCCCGUGAUGGCUACUAAGCUCCGUGCUAUGGCAUACAAUGCUGAAGAACUUGUGCGGUUGCAGAAGAAUCAGGCUUCAUAUCUUACUCAGCUUGCUGCUAGAACUACCCCAAAAGGCCUUCACUGCCUUGCUAUGCAGCUGACAGCUGAAUACUUUUCCCUGCAACCUGAAGAGAGGCAGUUCCCUAACCAACAAAAGUUGCACCAUCCAAAUCUAUAUCACUAUGUUGUCUUCUCUGACAAUAUUAUGGCUUGUGCUGUGGUUGUUAACUCCACAGUAUCUUCUGCAAUGGAACCGGCUAAAAUUGUAUUUCAUGUGGUGACUGAUUCUCUCAACUUCCCAGCAAUCUCCAUGUGGUUUUUAUUUAAUCCUCCUGGCAAAGCUACUAUCCAGGUCCAGAGCUUAGACAACUUCAAAUGGUUUUCCACCAAGUAUGAUUCCACAUUGAAGAAGCACAAUACCGAGGACCCAAGAUUUACUUCGGCACUGAACCACCUUCGCUUUUAUCUGCCAGAUGUUUUUCCUGCACUGAAUAAGGUUGUACUACUUGACCAUGAUGUGGUUGUGCAGAGUGAUCUAUCUGGACUUUGGAGUGUUGAUAUGAAAGGGAAAGUAAAUGGAGCAGUGGAGACAUGUAAGGUAAAUGAAGCUUCUUUUCGUCGGAUGGAUAUGUUUAUCAACUUCUCAGAUCCAUUGGUGGCAAAGAGAUUUGAUGUCAAUGCUUGCACAUGGGCAUUUGGGAUGAAUUUGUUUAAUCUUCGACAGUGGAGGAGACGUAACCUAACUUCUGUAUAUCAUAAAUAUUUGCAGUUGGGAUAUAAGAAGCCUUUGUGGAAGGCUGGGAGCUUACCUUUAGGUUGGAUCACUUUCUAUAACCAGACAGUGGCUUUAGACCGGAGAUGGCAGUUACUUGGCCUAGGUUAUGACUCAGGCAUCACAAGACGAGACAUUGAGCGAGCAGCGGUGAUUCACUACGAUGGAGUCAUGAAACCGUGGUUGGAUAUUGGAAUUUCGAAAUAUAAAGGCUAUUGGGGAAGACAUGUCAAGUAUGACCACCCAUUCUUGCAACGAUGCAACAUCCACGACUAAUUGAGUAUUUCGACAUAAAAAGUGGUAGAAUUAAUUGACCAAGACCACAUUAUACUGGUUACUUGUUCCUGGAAUUGCAACUUGGUUACUUCAUUCUUUGAUGAUCUCAUGUAAAUUUCAACCCAAAAUUUUCCAAAAUUUUUCCGGCAGUAAUCUUCUAGGCGCUGAGUUUCGCUUGAUUUAUAGCAAUAACUAGAGUGUUGUAGGCUUGUAGCAAGUCUCUAGGGGGUGUUAUAGUGCUGGUAGAUGUCUGUAAAUAACUCUCAUUUCUUAUAAUGAAAUACUUGGAAAAGGACAGCCAUUUUAUUUAGUUUUA